AUGGAAAAUAAAAUCUUUAGUGCAUUGAUCGAUCCAGAAACGUCCAUUGAAGGUCUAGCUUUAGAUUGGCUUUCUGAAUAUAAACAGGACCCCAAUACUGCCGUGGCCGACGUCAUCAAUUUUCUGCUGAAGAGUUGCGGAUGUGAUAUCCCUGUACAACCUCAUGAUAUCGUACAUCCAGAUUCAGCAGCCGAGACGUUUAGUCCAAUCGAGGAGAAGGCUAGAAACUAUGCUGGAGUGGAGUACGCCAUUGUGUCUAGGAAAGUAGCGAGAUUCAGACACGCUUUUGAGGACUUUUUCACUUCGAUAGUUAACAAUGCUGGUGAGGAUGGCAUACUCUACUAUGACGAGGACCAGGAGGAUGAGGGAGGUAAUAUUAUAUUCUCGCUGAUCAAAUGGUUCUCCCCCAUGUCAACUGCUCAUCUAAGAUCUUUUCGCCAUACUGCUACAGUUGCAGUGCUGAGUAUGAUAACUGAACUUUGCGAGCUAUACAAGAGGCGUGUGGAUGAAGUCACUAAAUUGGUAGCUCAAGUGAAUGCCUUGAAAGAAAAGAAAAAGGCUAAGAAGUUGAGCUCUACUGAGAAGAAACAGUUAGGUAACAAGAUAUCCGAUAUUGAGGCAAUCAUCAACAUCGAGAACAACAAACUUUCCACUAUAUCAAAUGCGAUUGAAGCUGCUAGUGUGUCUGUAUGGGCACAUCGUAAUCGAGACGUUGAUCCGCGUAUCCGCGUCGAUUGUGUCAAAUUUCUAGCUAAGUGGAUAAGUAUAGUGCCAGAAAAGUUUGUCGAUGCGAGCUCUCUGAAAUGCAUUGGGUCUGGACUAUCUGACCUUGAGUCGUCUGUGAGAACCCAGGUACUAUCGGUUCUAGUGGCACUUUUCAAAUCGCUGUACAUGGAUGACUCAGAAUCUGCUGCCAAAGGCGCAUUUGGUCAAUUUAUAGUAAGAUAUGGCGAUCGUAUUAGGCAGGUUGCUGAGCAUGAUGUCGAUGACUCAGCACGAAAACUAGCAGUUUCCCUAAUGACGAUUCUUAACAAGCUGGAUAUCCUCGAAGAAGAUGCAGAAGCGGCCAAUGAAUCUGUUUUGAGUCAGCUAAUCUUUGAUGCUGAUGACAGAGUCCGCAAAGAGGCAGCUACCUAUUUUGUGGCUGCAGUUUCAAGAGCUAUGGAUGACUUAGAGAUUCAUGAGAAUGUUCUACAAAAAGUUCAGGCUGCUCUUCCCGAGUUUAAGGAAUCCUGGGUGUUUUUUAAAGACAUCGGUAUUAAAUUUGUAACGAUACUAGAGAAGACAGACGAUGAUGAAGAAGAGGAAGAAGUAACGGAACGCUUGUUGCUGUCAAAUAAACGGUUUGAUGCCUUACCAUCAAGAAUUGCUCUAGCGUCUUCCAGUAUCCAUGAUGUGAUGAUUUUAAAAAAAUCGGAACUGUAUCUAGAAUGGCAAGAGUUAUUGGAACAACUGCUGUACGAUUUUUCGUCAUUUGACAUCCCCAAGAUCAGAAAAAUAGACGAGGGCGACGUCACAUCUUACAUUGAGGCAUGCACUCUGGACGAACCAGAGUUACAAUCCAUUCUUCUGGAUGUCUUGUUCGGAUUUUUAAAUUCGACAAUCAAAUCGUUCUCGUCUAAUAAGUUGACUAAAAAGCGUGGCCAGAAAGAAGCUGCCAAUCCACAAAAAUCCCUAGAGGAGCUUUAUUCACGUCUCAUAGAUGCUAUUCCCAGUUUACUGGAGAAGUUCUCGUUCUCUGAUUCAUCAACAGCGAAGGUACUGAGAUUGAUUUCAUUAAUUGACCUCGAAACGGGAUUUGUGAAGCUAAAUAAAGAAGAUGUCUACAAUAGAAUUGUGGAAAUAGCUGUCAAGAAGUUCCAAAUCUCUCAAUCUUCUGAGUUAUUAAGGGAGGUGGAACUUAUAUUCAGAAGCGCACGCUAUAAGGGAUCCUCUUUUGCGGAUGAGGUAGAAUCGAAGUUAGUUGAAUUGAUGGAAGAUCUCUCCUACGACGUCCGUGAUAAGCUCGGAAAUACGCAGUUCUCUGAAAUAUCUAUUUUAGAAUCACUGGGAAAGAUAGAGCGGCUCUCACCGAUAUUAGAUGUGCAGGAUUAUCUUGACGUAUCUGUGCAGCUUCCUAAGGGCCGACAGGACAUACUAGCUAAAAUCCUCGCCGAACAAGUUGCUAAAUUUCCGACCGAUUCAAUCGAAAGUGACGAGUUAGAACAGCGAAUUUUGUUUGUCAAAACAGUUGUGAAUAUAUUGCGUCACUAUAGUAUUUCCAAGUUUGCAGCAUUAAUUUUACCAACAGCGGGAUUGACGACAACCGACAAGCAACUUUUAGAUACAUCAGUCGUUUCUUCAGUCUUAACGACUAUUGAAAGGUUAUCACGACCAUCGAAUGAUUUGCAAGGGAGUGUAAAUACAAAUGUGACUGACGAAUUGAGAAUUUUCUUAAAUUUAACUAUGCUGGAUAUAAUUAUAUCCGGAUGGUCAUCGAAGGUACGUGCCGAAAUCGCGGGAAAGGCUGAUUUUCAGCUUUAUUCAAUUGUACCGGAGACAGUUCCUGCUAAGACUGUGGCAGAAACAAUGCGUUUAUUUUUGCGAAUUGAAGAUUACUACCUGGAUCUAACCAACGAGGAAAAGAAUAAUGCACCCGACCUUGAUGAAAUGGUAGGGUAUAUUGCUUCAGAUGAGUCGGAUCUGAGUAAACUCACAGAAUUACAACUUGAGUACUUGAUGUGCGAAAUUGCCAGUAGAGUUCUAGUCACUGCCUCUGCCGGAUUGUGGUUGAGAGCUUCGGAAUUUGUAAAACGACUAGCAGCAAACAAAAGUCGUAUUUCACAUCGAUAUAUGAACUUGUUACGCGAUAUUUCUCGCCAACUCCCUACACCACCUCCAGAAGAAGACGAAGAAGAGAAUCCUGAAGUUGAAGUUGAUAUUGACCUUGACGUUGACGAUGUUACCGGUGAGGCGAUGCAGUUAGAUUAG